ACGCGGGUAAUUGAACACAAAAACUGCAUAUUAAAUGGGUGCGUCAUGUUUACAGAAGUCGUGAUAUUUACAUCGAUUGACCGUAAUUUCAUAUCCAUGAAAGAUUAUAUAAAGGAUACUUUAGAAGCGUUGAUAUUCAUAUACGGUUAGCAUACGUUCCUUUUUAUUUUGACGGGACAGUCGUAUCGGAAAGAAAGGAAAUUAUUAUAAGGUCGGUUUCCAAAGGGAUCAUCCUCACCCACUGAAAAUUCAGAAGUGUCACAGAAACAUCGGAUUAUUAAGAAAUAAAAGCUUAUUAUGCAGUUAUAUCCUUCAGAGACAAAGGAGCAUCGUUAUUAAAACAAAGCUGUGAAGAUAUCAAAAUAUUGUUAUACGAAGUGUUCUUAUCCCUUUGCUUGUCGCCUGCGUUCUCAAGAUGGAAAGUGUCUUUCGAAAGUUAUGCAGGCUUAUUCAUGGCGACGGACCUAAAGUUUACAAAUGCAUUUCAACAAAACAAACCAGGAAUAGCGACAGCAAUUUUUAUGAAGCUCAACCAAAAAACACUCGUCAUGUGUACCUGGACGAUAGAUGUACAGCACAAACUAUUAUCAAGACUCCAGCAGAGAGGACAGCUGUAAAAAACCCUAUAGAAAAUAUUACGUCAACCCAAACUCAUCAAAAGAAAAAAAUAUAUAUACUUGAAAACCGCAACCGUACAAAAAACAAAGAGAAAUUGGAGAAGAGGAAAUAUAAUGAAAAUGACGGUUACAAGAAAAAACAUAAAAACGGAUUGCUUCCCUUGCUUUUUAAGGUAAACACAAUAUUCUGAUUUAUUUUAAGCUUUUCAGCGGAUUACUGAUUUAUCCGUGAACAAUAUAUUUGAUAAUUUCACAGUGAAAAUUAUCAAAAUAUCAUUUCACACUUUUCAAUGACCAAACUACUUUUUCCCCAUGUGGAACCUCAAUUUUAUUUUUGCUGACAAUUUUGACAGUGUCCGGCUGUUUAGAGAAAAGCAAAGCUGAAAUUGAUAAAUAGCUUAAAUGUCAAAAGUAAUAAAAAGAAGAAAACUUACUUCUAUUCAUCCAAAUUUCCAAUCACCAAAUAUCGUCUCUUAAUUUUUUUGUUUCAUCUUUA